GCCAUUAAUUUGUUUACCAUUCGGAACACGAAAGUGUGAUUCUCCCAAAAAAAUAUCAAAGCCAUACGCCGACGUCCUUAAGUCGUAAGUACCAAUCUCAACUCACCAACAAAUACAAAACCCUAAAUCCCAAAUUUCCCUCAAUUCGACAAAUUCCCCUUUCAAACACCCACAAAAAGAAAGAAUGGAGCGACACCAAGAGCAAGAGCACGAGGUGUACGGAGGGGAGAUCCCUGACGAGGACGGAGAGAUGGACGCUGACUUCGACCUGUCUGGUGGAGCUGAUGAUUACGAAGGCAACGAGCAUGAGCUUGAACAAGAUCCCAAUUCCAAUUCCAAGGAUUUGGAGGACAUGAAAAAGAGGCUUAAGGAGAUCGAGGAAGGCGGGGCUUUACGUGAAAUGCAAGCUAAGGUUGAGAAAGAGAUGGGCGCUGUCCAAGAUUCCUCAAGUGUUUCUGCAACCCAAGUUGAAAAGGAGGAAGUUGAUUCCCGCUCGAUUUAUGUUGGUAAUGUAGACUACUCAUGUUCACCUGAGGAAGUUCAGCAGCAUUUCCAAUCAUGCGGAACAGUGAACAGAGUGACAAUUUUGACAGACAAGUUUGGUCAACCUAAAGGAUUUGCCUACGUUGAAUUUGUUGAAGUUGAUGCAGUUCAAAAUGCUCUACUGUUAAAUGAAUCCGAAUUGCAUGGUCGUCAGUUGAAGGUCUCUGCAAAACGAACAAAUAUUCCUGGAAUGAAACAAUAUCGAGGAAGGCGACCCAACCCAUAUUUCCGCUCCCGAAGGCCUUUCAUGUCUGGUCCUGCUUUCAAUCCUUCAUAUGGUUAUGGGAGGGUUCCAAGGUUUAGGCGGCCGAUGAGAUACAGACCAUAUUAAGAUGGAUCUCAAGUUGUCAGAAGCUGCAAUUUUGAGAAUACCAUUACCUAUAGUUUAUAAUGGUCAUAUUGUUGUCCUAUAAUAUGGAGGGAGAAAGAUGAACUGCAAUUUGCUUGCCAAAAGGCUGGCUGAUUUUCUCAAAUUGUGAGCUUGCAGGAGUGUGAUGGAUCCAUUAAUUUGAGCUUUGCUUAUGCUUUGCUUUGACGGGGUUAGGCAGAGAUGCAAAUGUUGUAGUGAAAUAUUAUUUAAGAAUUCCUGUUCGAAGAUUGAUAAUUUAAUUUUCUCAGCGUGGAUGAGUUUAAAAUGUUGGGGAUUCAUGUUUGCUAAUGUGACCACUUUCGCAUAGAUCAUAAUGCAUAGGAGGUUAGCUUU